UGGAGCGUUUGGAGCGUCCGGACCGUUGGCCGCGGCGGCCGAUGCGAAACUGGCUGGUGCUGCUGGGCCCGGCUCUGCUCGGGGCCGCGCUGCAUCUCUGGCUGCGGCCCCGACCCGCACCCCCAGGUGGGCCGGCCGAGGCGCGGCGGGGGGCGUCCAGCCAAGUGGACGUCGUGGUGGGCGUGCUGUCCGCCCGGCACCACCGCGACCUGCGCGCCGUCAUCAGGGACACCUGGCUCAACCACCUGAACCACCACCCGGCCUUCCAUCGGCGCGUGCUUGUGAAGUUCAUCAUUGGGGCGCACGGCUGUGAGGUGCCCGUGGAAGACCGAGAGGACCCUUAUUCCUGCCGCCUGCUGAACAUCACCGACCCAGUUUUGAACCAGGAAAUCGAGGCCUUCGGCCUCCCCGAAGAAACCGCGUCGGAGGAGCGGGGGGACCGUGUGGUGAGCGUCAGCUUCCGCGUCCUCUACCCCAUCGUCAUCAGCAGCCUGGGGGUCUUCUACGACGCCGGGGAGGCCGGGUUCCGGAGGAAUAUCACCGUCAAGUUGUACCAGGCCGAGCAGGAGGAGGCUCUGCUCAGCGCCCGCUUCAGCCCUCCCAGCUGCGGCGUCCAGGUGAACCGGCUGUGGUACAAGCCCGUGGAGCAGUUCAUCCUGCCCGAGAGUUUCGAGGGCAUAAUUGUGUGGGAGAGCCAGGACCUGCGUGGCCUCGUGUCUAAAAACCUUCACAGAGUGACCGUGAACGAUGGGGGAGGCGUGCUCAGGGUCAACACAGCCGGGGAAGGGGCUUUGCCGCACGAAUUCCUGGAAGGCGUGGAGGGCGUAGCGGGCGGUUUCAUCUACACCAUUCAGGACGGGGACGCCCUCCUGCAGAACCUCCGCACGCGGCCGGAGAGGUUCCUCCGCCACGUCGCCGGGCUCCGGGAGGAGGACGCCCUGUUGAGGGCAGAGAGCGCCGCGUACGGCGACAUCGUGUUCGUGGACAUCGUCGACACCUACAGAAACGUGCCCGCGAAGCUGCUCCACUUCUACAGGUGGACCGUUCAGACGGCCAGCUUCGACCUGUUACUGAAGACGGACGACGACUGCUACAUAGACUUGGAGGCCGUGUUCAACAGGAUCGCCCACAAGCAUCUGCGGCGGCCAAAUCUCUGGUGGGGAAAUUUCAGGCUGAACUGGGCGGUUGACCGGACGGGGAAGUGGCAGGAACUUGAAUAUCCCAGUCCCGCUUACCCGGCCUUCGCCUGCGGCUCCGGCUACGUGAUCUCCAGAGACAUCGUCCAGUGGCUGGCCGCCAACGCCGAGAGGCUGAAGACUUACCAGGGGGAGGACGUGAGCAUGGGCAUCUGGAUGGCAGCCCUGGGCCCAAAGAGAUUCCAGGACGGCCUGUGGCUCUGUGAGAAGACCUGCGAACCGGGCAUGCUGUCCUCCCCUCAGUACAGCCCCCGGGAACUGGCCGAGCUGUGGAGGCUCAAGGAGUCGUGCGGAGAUCCCUGUCGGUGCGGGGCCGGGUGACCCCCACCGCGGGUCGGCGGCCCGCUUGGCGCCCGAGCGGACGUCCCCUCGUUCGGGCCGAUGGCUACGGCGGCGUCCUGGCUUUUCUCCUGGCUUGGCGCUAGUUUGCAAACGCCAAACGGUUUUCUCUCCCACGCGACCUUAACGAGCCACUCGCACGCGGUGACUGCCGGCAGAGUCGAGGGGCGCGGGGGGACUCCGGUCGGCGACGCGGAAAUGCACUCAACGCAAGCGCGGGCCCCGGGAGGGGCGGGCGGCCCUGAGCUCGAUUUCACCCCAAGCGCGUCCGCGGGCCGAGUGAAGUAAGGACUCGCCUGAGGCGGGGUUGGAAGUGGGGAAUAACCCUCAAAGGUGACCUCUGGGGAAGGCGAGGUCAAGGCGGGAGGAAAAGUGAACAGAACCGAACUCCUCCUCUGUGCGGACGGGGCCGGGGGCCGCGGCCGGCCACGCG